CAACAUCGACCCUACGCCCAACUUUUCUCCCACACCAACCAAUACUCCUUUGCAUCGCUGAAGAGCUCGUUCAAGAGGAUCUCUUCGGUUUCGCAAUCAUGGGUAUCUCACGAGACAGCCGCCACAAGCGGUCCGCAACUGGUGCAAAGCGUGCAUACUACCGAAAGAAGAGAGCCUUUGAAAAGGGACGUCAACCAGCCAACACCCGUAUCGGAAACAAGCGAAUCCAUCUUGUGCGCACACGAGGCGGAAACACCAAAUACCGAGCGCUCCGUCUGGACAGCGGCAACUUCUCGUGGGGCAGUGAAGGAAUCGCGCGCAAAGUGCGUGUGAUCGUCGUGGCUUUCCAUCCCUCCAACAACGAACUCGUCCGAACCAACACCCUGACGCGGUCGGCCGUCGUGCAGAUCGAUGCUGCUCCCUUCCGAACCUGGUACGAGGCACACUACGGCGUGACCAUCGGCCGCAAGCGAGUCGGCCAGAAGGUCACCGAGCAGAAGGAAGAAGUCAAGGUCAGCAAGAGCGUUCAGUCCAAGCGUGAGGAGCGAUUGAAGAAGGUGGGCAAGAUCGACCCUGCCUUGGAGAGACAAUUCGAGGCCGGAAGACUGUAUGCCGUCGUCUCCUCGAGACCCGGCCAGAGCGGCCGUGUCGAUGGAUAUGUCUUGGAGGGUGAUGAGUUGGCCUUCUACCAGAGAGCCAUCCGGAAGUAGAUGACCUUGUGAUGAUGGUGGUGAGAAUGGUACAUUGGAAGGAUGUGCAAUGUGUGUGGCUGUGUGUACCUCGGUGUGGGUGUGGUCAUCCCUGCUGAUACUACUCGAUCAGGAGAUGCCACCAACAACGGGUGUGGUGUGGGGGAAGGAUUCAGUCGAAGACAUUGCCAGAAUCACCAGAGUUGGGAGACUGAUUCGGGUGAGCUCGACGGUGCUGGGCAGCCGGUGGACAUGCAUCGAUUUCGAAAAGCAUGCCCCAGGUUACAUCUCUCCGAUCGUGUCUUCCUGUAUCAUGAAACGCUUUCUUCUAGCACACCAGCAGCCUCGUCGAUUCAACGGGGUAGACGUCAUUUUCGAAGAGAGAAAAAAAGUGUCAAUGGCUAGAGAUGAAUGCUCAAUCGAAUCAAUUCAAUCAAUUAACUCGUCAA